AUGGCAGGCAGGCAGGCAGGCGGCCACCUACCUACCUUGGCUCCCCACCCACCCACCCAAGCGAAUCCCGCUUGCGCUUCUGUUAAUGGCCGCGGCCCCGGCUCGGCCGCCUGGGCUGGUGCGCGCGUGUCCGUCCCCUCGGCGCGCUCGCUCCCUCCCUCCGUGUCCCCGGGGGAGGUGGCAGCAUUAUCCCGGCUCAGGGCUUCUCGGGGAUUGGAGUCCCUCUCGGGGGAAGAGAAGCAGCAGCAGGAGGAGGAGACAGAGGAGGAGGAGGAGGAGGAGGAGGAGGAGGCGCGCCGUCCGUGCGCCGAGCCCGAGGGCGUUGCGCGCCUCCCAUCGCCGCACCGGAGGGGAUCCAAAGCGGCCUCGGGCCGGGAAUGGAGACGCGGGGCCGGGCCCGGGGUAACAGGGGAAAAGGUCUCUGGUACUGCUGCUCUGAUAAAAUGCAGGGAGCUGCUAUCAAGUAAAAUCAAGAUGGGAGAUCCUCUCACCCAUUUCCCAUGUCAUGUGGUCCUGAGGAAUACCUGCCAAGGCAACAGGUCCCAGAGAGCUUUUAAUCCCCUUGCUUCAAAGCAGUGGGCAGCGCUAUGUGUAAAAAUCAAACUUUAAUAAACACAAUAUGUAUUUUG